GUUAGCUUUUCACCGUGUUAGCUUCAGUUCAGCAACCUGGUCGCCUUUUUCUAGUGACUCUUUUCAUCCACGACAUCAACUAUGAGGUCGAGAUGUUUGAAGAGCCGCUAAACAAACGAAUUACAAGUUUAUGCGAGAAUCUUUGAAUAAUAAAUCGGCCUGUCUGCUAAAGAUCCGAGCUAGCGGCUAGCAUAAUAUCCCUCUGUGAGUGGUCAUAUGGCAGAUUCCUGGAACACGGACACUGGAGAGGCUGUUUAUCGGUCUAAGGAUGUCGUCAAAAACUUGAGAAUUAAGGUGCGUAUAGAGAGGGUGACCUCCACAGCAGCCCUUUCUCAGCACCUCCAGCAGCAGGUUCUGACCCAGCAGGGGAGAGGAGACAUCGAACUGGAAACCCUCUCAUCAGAACAACAUCCAGGUGAUAAUGAGGACGAGUUGGUGGUCAGCUGGCAGGAGAAAUUCUUCAGUCAGUAUGAGAUGGAGCUGUUUCAGUACGAUACGGCGUGUCAGACCCCUCUGGAUCGUCAGUACCACGCAGAAAUCAAGGCAUUGAACAAAGCCAAGGGGCGACGUAAUCACAGGAUUUUCACCUACACGGAUCACGACCGCUACACCAGCUGCCUCCCUCUCCAUCAGCUGCAAAACUCCUCUGAUUUAUUGACCACAACCAAAUCGGGCCCCACCUUCCUGGCAGAGAGGAUGGCCAGUGUGAGAAACAGACGGCAAGAGAGACGCACCGUGGAUUCUAGUUUCCACAAGUCAAAGAUCAUCAACUGGGAGCCCACAGAGGAGUUUGUGAAGAGCAGCCGUGUCGUGAACAGCGCCAUGCAGACCAUGCACAUCAUGGGGGAUCUGGGCCCAAGUGGGGGGCUGGGUCUUAAAGAGAACGAAUGUUUGCUGGUGACCAUAAAAACAGAUGGCCAUGGAACAGUCAUCGUCAAGCCUGACUUCAACAAAGGCAAAGAGCCCUACAGGAUCGUAACGGAGGGCGAGAAGAGAGAAGUGUGGCGUCUGGAGUUUGAGAACGUCUCCGCAGCCAUGAAGCCAGAGGAGAAGGAGAGGGAGCAGAGCAUGUAUAAAGACUUGUACGUCAGACACAAGGAGUAUCUCAACAGCCUUGUGGGUCAAGACUUUGAAAUGCCUCCGAUGGGAAUUCUACGUUACAUGAUGAACGGAGAGAUAGUCUCUGCUCAAGGUUUUGAGUAUGAUCAUUUAUACAUCCACUUCUUCAUGGAGCUGCCCAACAGCUGGUCCAGUCUGCCCAUUCAGUCUCUGUCAGGGGUGACCCAGACCUGCCGGACCAAAACAUUAGGGAAGGAAAACGUGGCGUUCUUCAGUUACCCAUUCACCUUGGAGGCUUUCUACAUGAGUGAAAAAGAGGGUCAGGAAUCGAUCCCUCAGUGGCCCGUGCUGUACUUCAAGGUUCUCUCCCUGGACUCGUGGCAGCGUUUUCGGACCGAGGGCUACGGAUAUCUGCUGUUUCCCGCCGCGCCUGGGAGACACACGGUCACGUGCCACACGUGGAGACCCCUGCAGACGGGGACGGUCUCGGCUCUGAGGCGCUUCUUCAUCGGAGGUUCUCCAGAACUGGAGGACAUCAGCUACGUCAGAGUGCCGGGGACGUUUAAGGGAGAAAGGCUGAGUCGCUUCGGCUUUUGCACAGAAACCUCAGGAAGUGUGACCUUUAACCUGCACUGCAUCCAGCAAGCCCGGGCCUUUGUCGACGCUGCCAUGUUGAACAGGAGGAGACAGAAACUCUUCGAUCAGCUGGGAGGAUUCAGUCAGCAGGGAGCUGUUUGUACGAUCCUCGAGGCCUUUGAGAGAGCGAAGAAAAGAAUGCAGGAGACCCGAGAACGUCUUCCAAGCGACAUCAUCAGCUCCGUUUCACAUCUCCAAAACGAGUCUUCGGCGUAGCCGUGACACUUUAAUCUGUACAGUCAUUCUCUCAGACAUGCUGUCUCUAUUUUGAGAUCAUGAGAAGAAGUUCUAUCACCAGUAGGUAUGAAGACGGGAUGGUGAUGUGAGCAUUGUAUAGUUUCUUUUUUUAUUCAA